UGACAGAAGGUAAACAAAGGCUGGGGGAGAAGUGGCGAAACAGGAAUGACUGGGAGGGCAGCAGACUGACAGCAGGGCUGACCAUUCCGAAGCUGGGCAGUUUUGGAAAGAGCCAACAGGCAGCGAGUUGGCGGGGAGAGAGUGGCGGUUGGAGAAAGAGCGCGGGGCAGGAAGCAGGGGAAGUGAUUUUUGGAGACGGGAAGAUCAGAGAACGCAGUAUGAUUGCCAACUCAACUGACCAAUCAUAAGCUCUGGUUUUGGCGGGCGGGUGACUGAAUGGACCAAUAGAAAGCGAGUGGGCGGGGAAAGUUUGACGGUUGGAGAGAGCGUGAGGCAGGAAGGAGAGGAGAUGAUUGACGUCGACCUGGACCCAUCAAAGCGCGACUACUGAUUAAUGUACAGACAGACCAAUGGGAAGACCUGACAGUGGGGCGGGUGUUGGAAUUGUCCAAUGGGGUGCGAAUGGGCGGUGACAUAAUCACGGUUGACCAGGAAGCGGAUGGCGUGGAGGAUUAGAGAUGAUUGACUUACACAUGGACCUAUCAGAGCACGGUAUCCGCUGGACAAUUAGACAGACCUAUGGAAAGCUCUGGCUGAGGCGGCGGAUGUUGGGAAUGAACCAAUGAGGAGCGAGUGGGCGGGGACGGAGUAAGGCUUGAAGGAGGAAAACCUCAAACAUGGCCGAGGACCGCCCGGAGAGAUCGUGGCCCCGAGCUGUAAGACAACUGGGGCUGAUAGGGGGCUCAGUAUCCAACUCUCACCCUAUUGAAAUACCCAGAAGUGGACAAAAGCUGUGAAUUUGGCUCAAUCACAUGAAGACGACAUUUGGUUUGAAAACUGCCAGAAAACCAACUGCUGUACUAUCAGCCAAUUACCUUUAAACGUGAAGGGUAAAUGGCUGUAUUAUUGGCUUCACACAAAGAAACUAAUCAGAUAUAAAUAUGAGCUGCCAACACAAGGCAGGGGAGAAUGUCUGAGAAAACCGAAGGGAGCGACAUGGAGUGUGGAACUACCUCUGGGAAAGGCGAUCAAAUCGCAAAGGGGUUCAGCUCCAAACGCAACCGAGUGAGCGGAGGAGAGGCCGGGAGCAGCAGAUACGAUUUGAGAAAGAGGGAAAGAAGAGAUUAUACUGAGGAAAGGGAUCUUCCUGACGAUGAUUACCUGUCAGCCAAGGUGGAUGCUUUUGAGGCUCAUCCCUGCCUUCAUGCCGGCGUUGUGUUGACUCGUACCGAGUUCCGCCAGGAACACAGCAGAAGACAUCCCGAGUUCCAUAAAGACACAUCAACAACGCAGACAGCUCGUAGCGCAAACGAUGCUUUGCAGCAGAGAGAGUGUCAGGAAUCUAUCGUAUUUCAUGUUGAGGAAAACCGAGACUCGCAAACAGGAUCUCUACAGGGUCACAAGCAAUCGAACACAGGAGAUAGACUGUAUAAAUGUUCCAGAUGUGGUGAGACUUUCAUACAUUCAGGGCACCUCAAGAGACACCAGCAAUCACACCGAGGAAAGCGUCUGUAUAAAUGCCUGGAAUGUGGGAAGAGGUUCAAAAUCUUGGGCAGUCUGAAGAUACACCAUCGAUCCCACACAGGAGAGAGGCCAUAUAAAGGUGCUGACUGUGGAAAGAGUUUCACAACUUCAAGAGACCUCCAGAGACACAAACAAUCACACAGAGGAGAGAAACCAUAUAAAUGUGCAGAAUGUGGAAAGAGUUUUGCAACGUCAACUUAUCUCCAGAUACACCAUCGAUUUCAUACAGGAGAGAGGCCACAUGAAUGUGUUCACUGUGGAAAGAGUUUUGCAACGUCAGGUUAUCUCCAGAUACACCAUCGGUAUCACACAGGAGAGAGGCGAUAUGAAUGUGUUGAAUGUGGAAAGCGUUGCACAACUUCAAGUCACCUCCAUAUACACCAACAAACACACACAGGACAGAGACGGUAUAAAUGUGCAGAAUGUGGAGUGAGUUUCAGAGCAUCAGGAUCGCUCAAAAUACACCAUCGAUCACACACUGGAGAGAGACCGUAUAAAUGUGCUGAGUGUGGAAAGAGUUUCAUUGCUUCCGGAUCGCUCAAAAUACACCAUCGAUCACACACUGGAGAGAGACCAUAUAAAUGUGCUGAGUGUGGAAAGAGAUUUUCAAACUCGAGUUAUCUCCAGAUACACCAUCGAUCACACACAGGAGAGAGGCCAUACAAAUGUGUAAAAUGUGGAAAGAGUUUCACUACUUCAGGAGACCUCCAGAGACACCGACAAUCACACACAGGAGAGAAACCGUAUAAAUGUGCAGAAUGUGGAAAGCGUUUCACAAGGCCAGACAGCCUCCAGAGACACCAGCGAUCACACACCGGGGAGAGGCCACACAAAUGUGUUGAAUGUGGAAAGAGUUUCACAACGUCAGGAGACCUCCAGAGACACCGACAAUCACACACUGGAGAGAGACCACAUAAAUGUGCAGAAUGUGGAAAGCGUUUCACAACAUCAGGGGGUCUCCAGAGACACCAGCGAUCACACAUCGGAGAGAGACCAUAUAACUGUACUGAAUGUGAAAAGAAUUUUACGAGGAAAGACCACCUCCAAAGUCACCGGCGGAUACACACAGGAGAGACUGUAUAAUUAUGCCGAAUGUGGGAUGAAUUGUGCGGUGUCCUAUCAUAAAAAUUUGAAAUGUUCUUUACCAGCGGAAAGCUUUCCAGGAGCCGAUUCAGCUCAAAGUCCGCACGAGAAGCUGCUUUGAGAAAUGCAUAGAAAAACAAUAAUAGUUUGAUGUAUAACAGGACAGAUAUCUGUUUGAUCCAACACCAUUGACUCAGUUAAGACACCAUUGCGACAGUUUGUCCCCUUCUCUCCUGAACAUGUGCUGAGGAACCAGCAUUUCCUGAAAGUCCUCACAAACUAUUGGAGAGAGACCAUACGGAUGCGCUGAAUGUGGAAAGAGCCCAUGUCCGGCUAUCACCGAGGUGUGUGGAUGCGGGAGAGAAUAACAGAAUGGCGCGGUGAGAUAUGAGCCCUCUGAAACCAGCUGUGGCUUCCAGUAUCGGAGCUCACAUCACUAAAGUAUAUAAUUUUGGUCAAAAGCACCUCGUCCCCUGGUUUAUAACCAGCAGAAUGGGGAGUGCAUAUAGAUUUUUUUACCAACCAGUUUUUUUUUCGCUGUUUAUGUUAAUCAAAA